AUGGUGGCUCUUGUUGCAAUCCCGGAGGACUGGGAGCGUGAUCUCAACAUGUUCUUGGCUCGAUAUUCUCCCAGACUUCGUGCCUUUUUGGAAGUCCUGGGUGACCACGAAAGCAAGUUGAUAGAACAACAACUCCUCUCUGAGUCACAGUGCCUGUCGCCACGGAUGGAAGACUCUAUGAAGACAGGGUUAUUUUGGGUCUGUUUAGCCGCAAGAUACAGCUCCAUGUUCGAUGAAAUCUAUUGGACAUUCAUCGACCAUCGGUAUCAUGGAACCUUUACUUCUCUCGAUGACCGUAUACGACUUCUGGACGAAGAACAACAGCAAGAGAUGAACGAGCUUGUGAGGCUCAAGACUGACCAGUACAAGGACACAGAGAAUAUUGACGAUCACUAUCCAAUUGAUAAGCUACUUGAAUUAUGA